GCCAAGAGGCUAUCGGUUCCUAUGGUUCCAAUGUUCCCACUGAAUAUGACCGUUGCUCCAACGGUCGCCUCUCCGCCAAUAAAACUAACCCUCCCGCCAAAAAGGGAAACCCUAAAAACUCCACUUAAAAUCCUGCUUCGGAAUCCUUCUCUUCACGACGAAGUUCUUCACGCUCACCUCAUCAAGUCCGGCCUCCUCUCCUGCACCUCCAUCUGCAACACUCUUAUUCACAGGUACUCUGAUUCCAGGCGCAUCUUACUCGCCCAACAAGUGUUCGAUGAGAUGCCCCAACAAAAUCUUGUUUCUUGGACCACUCUUAUUUCCGGAAAUGCUAGGCUAGGAAAGUCGGGUGUAACUCUUGAAACGUUUGUAUGCAUGCUUGAUGAUGGAUUUAUUCCAAAUGAAUUUGCCUUUGGAAGUGCCCUUCGGUCUUGCUCGGACUCCGGGUAUUUUCAGUUUGGAGCUCAACUACAUGGUUUGAUCAUGAAGAUGGGCUUACUUCUAAAUAUUUUUGUAGCUAGUGGUCUCAUUUUGAUGUACUCAAAACAUAAUGAGUUUGAUACUGCCAUGGAGAUUCUCGAAAGAAUGAAGGAGAAAGACGUGUUUUCUUGGACAACGAUGAUUGUUGGGUUCUCUAAAGGAAAUAAGCAUUUCGAGGCUAUGAAUGUCUUUGCUCAGAUGCUUGAAGAGGGCUUAAUGGCUGGAGAGUUCGCUCUUACUAGCAUUUUGAAGGCAUGUGCAUCCUCGUUGUGCAUUAGAGAGGGCUCUCAAGUACAUGGCUAUGCUAUAAAAACCAGAUUUGAGAAUGAUGCUUCGGUUCGAGCUUCAAUCAUAGACUUCUAUGUGAAAAUUGGUGAUAUAUUGAGCGCACGACUAGUUUUUGAUCGAUCUCCAUGUUAUGAUUUGGUUAUGUGCACCGUGAUAAUCGGCGCCUAUGCUCAGCACGGCAACACAGAGCUAGCAAUCAUGAUGUUUCAUCAGAUGAUCAGAGAAUUCGGCAUCUUACCCAAUGAAUAUACUCUUGCGAGUUUGUUAGCUUCCACGGCUAAAACCGGUGAUGUCAUUUUGGGGGCUAAUUUACAUUCUUUAGCUUUAAAAUCAGGAUAUGCUGCAUUCAUUCAUGUCCAGGGUGCACUUAUAGAUAUGUAUGCUAAGAAUGGAAUGAUGGAAGAUGCCUCUGCAGUCUUCAAUGACAUGGAAACAAAGGAUAGUAUUUCCUGCUCUUCGCUGCUUGCUGGCUACUCUUGCAAUGGCUUUGUUCGAGAGGCUCUCGAAUUCUUUUUGAAUCUCCACAAGUCUUCCGUAAAGCCGGAUCCGUUCACAAUAGCUAGUGCCAUGACUUUAUGUGCUAAGCUCGGCGAUCAACUCCAAGGGAAGCAAAUACAUGCUCAAAUCAUCAAACAAGGACAUGAAUUUGACACGUGCAUUGCGAGCACACUAAUUGAUAUGUAUGCGAAAAGUGGUUCGAUUGAGGAUGCAUCUAAGGUUUUCGAGAACUUAUCGACGAAGGAUCGAAUAGCUUGGACGGCUCUUAUUGACGGUUACGCACAACAUGGGAUGGGGAUAAAUGCAUUGGAAUCUUUCAGUAAGAUGAUAGAAGACGGCAUCUAUCCAAACGUCGUGACCUUUGUGAGUCUACUGAAUGCUUGCAGUCAUUCGGGUUUGAUUAAGGAUGGUAUCUCUUUAUUCGAACUUAUGAAAUCAAUAUACGGGAUUGAACCUGUGAUCCAUCACUACACAUGUAUGGUUGACUUGUUGGGUCGUGCCGGCCGUCUCGAAGAAGCCCUCGAGUUUAUAAAGGCAAUGCCAAUAGAACCCACUCAUCUUAUAUGGAGAUCAUUUCUAGGUGCAUGUAGAAACCACAAUAAUAUUGAACUAGGGAUAGAGGCCUCAAAGCACCUCCUUGAAUUGGAUCCAGAUGAUGAUGCAAUUUAUGUGCUACUUUCGAACAUGUAUUCUUUGAAUGGUCGAUGGAACGAUGCUGCUGAAAUAAGGAAUGUAAUGAAAUUGAGGAGUGUGACAAAGUCACCAGGAUUAAGUUGGGUUGAGUUGCACAAUAAUCUCCAUGUAUUUGGAGCUGGAGAUGAUUGCCACCCUGAGAAGGAGCUCAUAUAUAAUGUGCUCAGUGAUUUAAUGCUUAAUAUGAAGGAAGCCGGCUAUGUACCAGAGACAGCUUUGAUUGCAUGAUACAAGUGUGAUAGAGAAGAAUAAAUUGCUACUUUUAGUACUGUUAAACUUGAAUUCUGGUUAUCCAUAAGGAAUUGACAGAACAGUAGCUGAAACAGGAUUCUUACACUGCAUGAAGUUGAGAUCUAUGAUACAACAGUGCGGGUUGUUAUUUACUGGGAUCAGGUAUUUGUUCUUCUAAAAUUUUUUUAUUUGUAAAAAGUGUUAAUUAUUGAAAAGCCUGGCUUAGUGUAAAUUUUUCUUGUGAUUUAUUUGCUGAUCUGAUAAAAGCUGUCAUCUUGGAA